AUGUAUUAUCAAACGUAUAGUGGUGAUGGUGAAUAUAAAUUUUAUAAGUCUGAUGUGAGUGUUGGUGGUAAGUUGUUUGUGAUUGAUAGUGGGAAGUUUGGGGUGUUAAAGAAAGAUUUACCAAAAGUUGUUAAGUAUAAUGUUAGGCGUGGCGUUAGAACGUAUGUCCCUAAGAUUCAUGUUGAACUUGUGUGCGAGCAUCUUGUGAAAGUGCGACAGUGGUUUCGAGAUGAGAAAGUUUGUGAUACACCUGGACUUAGAUUUCUUCUUGCGAGAUUGUGUAGCAUGUUGAGUGUAGUUCCAAAGAGAAACUUGAGGGAUGUUUAUCCUUCUCCUAGAUGUGAGGCUCAUGAGUUUCUUUUCUAUGGAAUCAUGGUGCCACAUUUUGAGUGGGAAGUUCAGGAUUGUAAAUACUAUAGAAGGUGGUGUAAAGUUGUUCAGAAACUUUGUAGUGAGAGUCUUGAGGGAGACAUUAUUAUGCCGCGGUUUAUAUCGUGGGAGGAGUGGUAUAGUAUGUACUGGGAUAACGAGGAUCAACUACUUAAGAGAGGAUUUAUAAAAUGUGGGCGUGGUUAA